ACUGAGGGAAACUUGGACUGAUAAAGCUGUGAAAGCUAAGACUAAGGUGGGAAUAUCAUGUGUGUGUCUCGACUGGCUUUGCUCUUGGGGCUGCUUCUCUGUGUGGGGGCUCAGCUGUCCUUUGCCCAGCACUGGUCCCAUGGUUGGUAUCCUGGAGGAAAAAGGGAGCUGGACUCCUUUGGGACAUCAGAGAUUUCAGAGGAGAUUAAGCUGUGUGAAGCAGGGGAAUGCAGCUACCUGAGACCCCAGAGGAGGAGUAUCCUGAGAAACAUUCUUCUGGAUGCCUUAGCCAGAGAGCUUCAGAAGAGAAAGUGACAUCUUUCCAGAGACGGCUUUUCUAUAGUGACCCACUUCCUUUCUAUUUCUGCCUUGACGUGAUUUUGUGAUCAUCUGGCCUUGCUGUUUGUAAUGUU